CUUACUAAGCGCUCAAUCAACUCGAUCCACGAACUUGGUGGGAGGGGAAGGCCACAGAGACAAGUUCUGUCUACUAUGGGAACUCGAGAGGGGAACGAGGAUUGGGAUCGUAUGGACGUGAAUUGGAGGGGACUUGGAGUCACCGAUCCCAUCAAAACAGUCGAGGAUAAAUGGCUUUUGUUACCUGCAUUCCUCAAAGUAAAGGGUCUAGUCAAACAACACAUUGACUCCUUCAACUAUUUUGUCGACGUUGACAUCAAGAACAUAGUCAAAGCCAACAAUAAAGUCACCUCAGACGUCGAUCCUCGUUUUUGGCUCAAGUACACUGACAUUAACGUCGGGUUUCCUGAUCGAAACGAAUUGGAAGCAGUCGACAAGAAGGUUACCCCGAAUGAAUGUAGACUUCGCGAUACCACAUACAGCGCACCAGUCAUAGUCACAAUACACUAUACCCGAGGCAAAAAAGUCAUACAAAGGAACGUGAAUAUUGGUCGUCUACCCAUCAUGUUGCGAAGCAACAAGUGUGUCCUCGCAGGUCGAUCAGAGGAAGAACUGGCUCGCAUGAUAGAAUGUCCUUUAGAUCCUGGUGGUUACUUCGUGGUCAGAGGAACUGAAAAGGUCAUUCUGGUACAAGAACAACUCAGCAAGAACCGCAUCAUUGUCGAAGCAGAUCCUGUAAAAGGUGUUGUUCAAGCAUCUUGUACGUCUUCGACGCAUGGAGGUCUAAAGUCCAAAACCUAUGUUACUACGAAAAAGGGCAAAAUCUAUCUCCGCCACAAUUCCAUCCAUGAUGACGUUCCUAUCGUAAUCGCGUUGAAAGCUCUCGGAAUUCAGUCCGACAAGGAGAUCCUUCUCUUGACUGCUGGAAGUACAGAGGCGUAUAAAUCUGCUUUUUCCUCCAAUUUAGAAGAUGCAGCGAAGUUGGGUGUCUUCACCCGGCAACAAGCGCUCGAGUGGAUUGGUUCUCGCGUGAAGAUCAAUCGUCGAGUAGUUGGUCCGAGAAGACCUGCCUGGGAAGAGGCUUUAGAGGCGUUGGCGACCAUUGUUCUUGCUCAUGUACCCAUCAAUGGUCUCGACUUGCGAGCGAAGGCCAUCUUUGUUGCAACUAUGACGCGACGCGUUCUGAUGGCUAUGGAUGAUGAAAAGAUGGUCGAUGAUCGGGACUAUGUCGGGAAUAAACGAUUGGAAUUGGCAGGUCAAUUGCUUGCACUUCUAUUCGAAGACCUCUUCAAAACAUAUAAUUCCAAUCUUAAGUCUGCUAUCGACAAAGUGCUCAAGAAACCAUCUCGAACAAGCGAAUUCGAUGCGUACAACACGAUGCAGUUCAUGGGCGAUCACAUCACCUCCGGUUUUGUUCGUGCUAUAGCGACAGGAAAUUGGGCGCUAAAACGGUUUAGGAUGGAGCGUGCGGGUGUAACGCAUGUGCUCAGUCGCCUUAGUUUCAUCUCGGCUCUUGGAAUGAUGACCAGGAUUUCUUCACAAUUCGAAAAGACUAGAAAGGUCAGUGGUCCGAGAGCUUUGCAACCUAGUCAGUGGGGAAUGCUUUGUCCUAGUGAUACGCCAGAGGGGGAAGCAUGUGGUUUGGUGAAAAAUCUAGCGCUUAUGACGCAUAUUACUACGGAUGUGGAUGAGGGGCCUAUCAUCAAGUUGGCGUAUAUGUUGGGUGUUGAAGAUAUCGCCUCGGCAACUGGGACGGAAAUCUAUGGCCCACACACUUUCGUCGUGAACGUGAACGGAAACAUCAUAGGCCUCACUCGAUACCCAUCUCGAUUCGUGGCACAAUUCCGGAAACUUCGUAGGGCGAGACGGUUCAGCGAGUUCGUGAGCGUUUACAUCAAUCAUCAUCACAAGUCAGUCCACAUUGCGAGCGACGGUGGUCGUAUAUGUCGACCUAUGAUCAUUGUGGAGAAUAUACGACCAAGAGUGACUUCAGAGCAUAUUUCGGAAUUGAAAAAAGGAAAACUCGUGUUCGACGAUUUCCUCAGACUUGGGCUGGUUGAGUACCUCGACGUGAACGAAGAAAAUGACACUUAUAUCGCGUUAUAUGAAUCCAAUAUCGUACCUGGAACCACGCAUCUUGAAAUCGAGCCCUUCACUCUUCUCGGAGCCGUAGCGGGUCUCAUUCCAUACCCUCACCAUAAUCAAUCCCCACGAAACACAUACCAAUGCGCGAUGGGAAAACAAGCUAUUGGUGCGAUCGGGUAUAACCAGUUCAAUCGGAUUGAUACACUUUUGUAUCUUUCGGUCUAUCCACAACAGCCUAUGGUGAAGACGAAGACAAUCGAGCUUGUGGGGUACGAUCGGCUUCCGGCGGGGCAGAAUGCGACGGUGGCAGUUAUGAGUUUUUCAGGAUAUGAUAUUGAAGAUGCGCUUAUCUUGAAUAAGGCUAGUCUUGAUCGAGGGUAUGGACGAUGUCAAGUCUUAAGGAAGAAUACGACGUUGAUACGAAAGUAUCCUAAUGGAACCUUUGACCGCUUAGCGGAUGCUCCAUUGGAUGAGAAUGGGAGAAUCGCAAAGAAGUAUGACAUCGUCCAACCUGACGGUCUAGCUGGAGUAAACGAACGAGUCGACCCAGGGGAUGUAUACGUCAACAAACAGUCUCCGGUCAACGCGAACGACAACACUUUUACUGGCCAAGCAACCAGUCCUAGUGUUCCUUACAAGAACACACCGAUGACUUACAAAUCACCGGUUGCGGGAAUUAUUGAUAAAGUGAUGAUCAGUGAGACGGAGAAUGAUCAGACGUUGAUCAAAGUGCUGAUACGGCAGACUCGGAGACCGGAGUUGGGAGAUAAAUUUUCGAGUAGGCAUGGGCAGAAGGGUGUAUGUGGAUUGAUUGUGAAUCAGGAGGAUAUGCCAUUCAAUGAUCAGGGGAUUGUUCCUGAUACGAUCAUGAACCCUCAUGGGUUCCCGUCCCGGAUGACGGUUGGGAAGAUGAUAGAGCUGCUUGCUGGAAAGGCAGGUGUUCUUUGUGGUAAACUCCAAUACGGAACCGCGUUUGGAGGAUCGAAGGUGGAAGACAUGAGUAGGCUGUUGAUAGAACACGGAUUCAGCUAUUCUGGCAAAGAUAUGCUUACGAGCGGGAUUACUGGUGAACCGCUGGAAGCAUAUGUUUAUUUUGGGCCUAUCUAUUAUCAGAAAUUAAAACACAUGGUGAUGGAUAAAAUGCAUGCUCGUGCAAGAGGUCCUCGCGCAACGCUCACCCGUCAACCCACGGAAGGUCGAUCUCGAGAAGGUGGUCUACGAUUAGGAGAAAUGGAACGAGAUUGCCUCAUUGGAUAUGGAGCUACCCAACUUUUAUUGGAACGUCUGAUGUUAUCCUCCGACAAGUUUGAAGUGAACGCAUGUCAGGAAUGUGGGUUGUUGGGGUAUAAUGGAUGGUGUACGUUUUGCAAGAGUUCGAAGAAGGUGGCCAAGUUGACUAUUCCUUAUGCUGCCAAACUGUUAUUUCAGGAGUUGAUGGCUAUGAACGUGGUUCCCAGAUUGGUACUAGAUGAUGCUUGAGUUCCAGGAAGAUGUAGCUGUAGGAAGCAAAAAUAAAAGAACUAUAUACUACUAUAAUAUGUACAUUCCUGAGGUCCAGUAUCUCAUCUCGAUGGACGUCAGGGUUGCAAUCUACGUGCUCCGAAAACCCCG